AUGAACCAACCACGCAAAAACACGACUCGCCAUCUCACCACGCUCUUCCCGUAAACCGCAUCUGAACCCCGCGAGGCGAACGGGCAGGGCGUCGAUGUAGCGCGUGUAUGCACUCAGCACCGUCGCCACGCGCCUCUGCGGAGCGUCAGCGGAAAGGGGGGGCUUGAGAAAGACUCGGCGGUCGACCAUCGAACGACAUCACCUUCCACAGCAACAGACACUUUUCUCACAAAAAUCACACUUUGAUCCAUUCACUGACCCCAUCCCCCUUGUCCCCCCUGCCCAGUGUCCUCCUUCUUUCGCUCCGUCAGCGACAGCUCGGAUUCGUCCUCGGACGAAGAAGAAGAGUUGCUCUCCGAUGAUUCCGGCGACGAUUCCGGACUCGAGGGCAAGACCGCUUCGAGCAAACCUAAAGGAUCCCGAUUCCUCAAAUCGACCGGCGACGACUCGGACGAUGACGAUUCGGACGAUGACGAUGAUGGCGAUUCGGACCAAGACGGAUCCGACGACGACAAGGCCGCGGUUAAGAAACCGAUCGGUUCGAGGUUCUUGAAGGGCGCGGCGAGCGACGACUCGGAUUCGGACGACGAGAGGACCAAGGUCGUCAAAUCGGCCAAGAGCAAGAGGGCCGACGAGGUCGAGGCGAGCGUCAAGGCGAUCGAGAACGCCGCCCGCAUCAACGAUUGGUCCGCCAUCUCGGAUCGUGCGUUUCCCCUCUGCUCUGGUGCAUCCCUUAGUCAUCGUACUAACUACCGGCUUGGUCUCUUGCAGAGUUUGACAAGCUGGUCCGACUCGUCUCGCGUCAGGCCAACGUCGCCGAACCCGUCCCUUCAGGUUUCAUCAAGGCCCUCGUCUCGCUCGAUGACCACCUCGCGUCUGCUCAGGGCGCCAAGAAGAAGAUGAACGCGACCAACGCCAAGGCGCUCAACUCGAUGAAGCAAAAACUCAAAAAGACGCAGCGCGAACACGAGGAGACCAUCAAAAAGUACAAGGAGGACCCCGAGGCGUUCGAAAAGGCCGCCGCGCUCGAGGACCAACCCGCCGCGGCCGCUGCGCCUAAAAAGGCCAAGAAGGCGUCUCAACCCGUAGAAGAGGAGGCCGACGAUGACUUCCAGACCGUCGGCAGCAAGGGCAAGACCAUCAAUGUCACCUCCGAGGGCAUCUACAAGGCCCUCGCCCUGGUCAUGGAGGCGCGAGGGCGCAAGAACACGGACCGCACCGAGCAGACCAAGAUUCUGGAUCGCCUGCUCGCCGUCGCCGUUUCGCCUUACCAAAAGAUCCGCGUCCUGCUCGCCCUGAUCUCGGCCCUCCUCGACUACAACCCUUCGACCAACACCCACAUGCCCCUCGACGCCUGGUCCGCGGCCCGCACCCACCUCGACUCUCUGCUCGAUAUCCUCGUCCAACAGCGCGACCACGUCGUUGCCGAGGAUGCCCCCGACUACGACGACCAGGUCGAGCGAGCACCGUCGGCUUCCGAACCGACCAUCAUCGUUCGCGGCUCCGUCAUCUCCCUUGUCGACCGCCUUGACGACGAGUUCACGAAGAGCCUGCAGCACAUCGACCCGCACACGAGCGAAUACAUUGAGCGCCUCAAGGACGAGCGAGCGAUCUACGAGACGAUCGUCAAGGCGCAGGUCUACUACGAGCAAACGCGCCUGAUCGAGCAUCUCGACCGCGUCGUCACCCGUCGUCUCGAACACGUCUACUGCAAGCCCGACGUCGUCGCGCAGGCGCUCGAGAGCACCUUGCCCGCGCUGUCGAGCCAGUCCAAGAUCUGGUCCACGGCGGCGUCCUCGUCCGGUGCUUCCUCUUUCUCGGCCGUCGCGCUCGUGCGCGCCUUGUGCAUCCACCUCUACAAGACGGAGAACUCUCUCUUGCGCACGCGCGCCAUGUUAUGCCACAUCUACCACCACGCCCUGCACGAUCAAUACCACACCGCUCGCGACAUGCUGUUGAUGUCGCAUCUGCAAGACACCGUCGGCUCGGCCGACGUCGGCACGCAGAUCCUCUACAACCGCACCGUCGUGCAGGUCGGCUUGUGCGCGUUCCGCCUGGGCCUGAUCCGCGAAUCGCAAUCGACACUGCAGGAGAUCUUCGCGACGCAACGCGUCAAGGAGUUGCUCGCGCAGGGCGUGCAGGCGCAACGCUAUUCGGUGCUCACGCCCGAACAGGACAAACUCGAACGUCAACGCCAAUUGCCGUUCCACAUGCACAUCAACUUGGAAUUGCUCGAAUGCGCGUACCUCGUCGCGUCGAUGUUGCUCGAGGUCCCCCUCAUGGCCCAAGCCGGUAACGAUCCCGAGAUGCGUAAGCGCGUCGUGUCGCGCACGUUCCGCCGUAUGCUCGACUACGCGAACCGACAGGCGUUCACCGGUCCUCCCGAGAACAAGCGUGACCACGUCAUGCAAGCGACCAAGGCGUUGCAACAGGGUGACUGGCAGCGUUGCGUUGACCUGAUCCACUCGAUCAAGGUAUGGAACCUGAUGCCUUCCGAACGCAAGGUCAAGGAAAUGUUGAAGCGCAAGAUCCAAGAGGAAGGCCUUCGUACCUACGUCUUCACCUACGCACCUUUUUAUUCGACCUUGUCGUUGGAACAACUCGCUUCGACGUUCGAAUUGCCCCUGGCGACCGCGACGUCGUUGGUGAGCAAGAUGAUUUGGAACGAGGAGUUGGACGCCUCGCUCGACCAAGUUUCGCGCGUCGUCGUCUUGCAGUCGACCGAGGUUUCGGCUUUACAGCGACUGGCGCUGCAGUUGGCCGAUAAGGCCAGUCAGAUGGCCGAUAACUCGGAACGUUAUCUCGAUUCCAAGUUGCAGAGUGGGGAACAACGGGCCGAUGGAGUUAGGGCCGAACGGACCGAAGGGAACGAUGCUCGACCGAGGCGAGGCGGCGGAGGUGGUGGACGUGGAAGGGGUUCGCGAGGUGGGGGUCGUGGCGGCGCUUCGAGGCAGUUCCAAACAGGGACUUUGGGGAGGACAGUACAGGCCUAG